AUGAAGCGUCGGAAGCGACUGAAUGAAGAAACAACAAACUGGUGGGCAAACUCUGCCAAGCCCUGGAGGCCCAAGAGGACGCCCAGGUGUAAGCCGCGCAGAUUUGAGAGGGCAGAGCUAGGAGAGAAAGCGAUGAAGGGGAGAAAACCUGCAGGCCCAGAACUAGAAGAAGGACCAGGCAGAGCAGGAAAAGCCUCCAGGGCAGUUCAGCUGGAAUACGCGACAGACCGACCAGGAUGGGACACAUCGCAAGAGGGCAAAGGGGAACCAUCCAGGGGGAUGCAAGAGCGCUGGGAAGCCCAAUGGCAGGAGUUCCUGAGGACACUGCAGCCCCUUCACGCAACGUGGGGAAACCCAGUGAUGUCGGAGAUUGCCCCAUGGGAUGACACCAAGGCCUUUCUGGCCUCCUUUGAGCAAGUGGCCAAGGCCUUUCGGUGGCCGAGAGGAGAGUGGGCGGCCCGGCUCCUGCCAGGACUAAGUGGGGAAGCAGAAGAGGCCUUCCAAAGCCUGGAAGCCAGAGAUCAGGAGGACUAUUGGAAAGUGAAGGCGGCCAUCUUGCGAGGGGAAGCCCUGAGGAUGGAGGCGCAGCGCCAGAACUUCAGGCAAUUCUGCUGCCAGGAGGUCAGAGACCCCCGAAGGAUUCACAGCCAAGUCCAGGAGCUUUGCCGGCAGUGGCUGAAGCCGGAGAGACACAGCAAGGAGCAGAUCCUGGAGCUGCUGAUCCUGGAGCAGUUCCUGGCCAGCCUGCCAGUGGACCUCCAGGGCUGGAUCCGGGCAGGAGGGCCAGACACCUGCUCCCAGGCCCUGGCCCUGGCCGAGGACUUCCUCACGAGCCAGAAAGAGGCUAAGACAGCGGCCUGGCAGGAAGAGAUGGAUGUCCGUGGAAGUCGCCUGUGUUUGCAGAUCGUCAGCCGGAGUUUGCCCCGACCAGCCCAACAGACCACAGUCUGGCAAGUCCUGCAGGAGGACGGGGGGAACGUAGAGCCUUCAGGCGACAGGAAGGGAAGCAAGGUCAAGAAGGAGGACUGUCAGUAUGGAGGAAACGAGCCACAGGAUAUGUCUGGGAAAGCAUCACAGAUGGGCCAAGCGAAUGUGCCGGAGACAGCUGAGAAGCAGGAAGAAGGAUGCAAGUCCAAAAACGGACAGGAGACGGAGGCAGAGGAAAGAGACAAUGAAUGUCAUAAAGUCAUGGAAGAUCUUACAGCUGGUCUCACAAAGAAGGGCCCCUGA